AUGUACAGGCGGCUCCGAUUGGCUACACGGCCCGAGGAAUGGGGCAGACAGCCAAUCAGAGGCUGAUUGCUCCGUAGAGUCUCUCUCUCUCCUCCCUCUCCCAGUAGAGCGGCGGGGGAGAGGGUGCGCUGCUGUGACGGGACGCAGCUCGCGGCGCAGCGCGGGCUGAGGGGGAGCAGGUGCCCGCCCCCGCCUGGGGAAGGAGGAGAGUCUGAGGGCGGCUCCGCGCGGAGCAGCGCUCGUCUCCGGCUCCCCGCCGGUGCCAUGGAGGAGGUGCUGCCCUCGGGCUUGCUGGAGAUCUGCGUGCUGGUGGGAGUCUCCGGGGAGAGGGCGAGAGACGCUUCCCAGAUUGCUCAGAAAAAAGAGAGAAACUCUCCUCCCCUUGAUCCAGAAGUUCUGUCAGUUUUUGUGCCUCCGUUUAUCAGCAAAGAGGAGAUUCAAGCGACUAAUAUAAAUAGUAGUAACUUCAAUAAAACAAAAAGACGUUCUUUCAGAAAAAAGAGAGAGAGACCUAAGGUUGAAAAUGUGAAAAAUCCAAAUGGGGAACAGAAAGCACCUGAUACUGAAGAUAUUAGUGUUCCAAAAGAUAUUGAUCUUAUUGGCUUGCCACAACUAUGCUUUCCAGGAGGACUUUACAUAACUUCUGAAUCAAAAGAGGAUCACAUUCAUUUUCUGGUCUUCACAGAUGUCUGUGGUAACAGAACUUAUGGUGUUGUUGCUCAGUAUUACCAACCUAUGCAAGAUGGUUAUAUCUCUUCAAAUGGGCAGGCCCACAGGGAAUCUGUGCAGACUGCUAAAGCUUUUGGCUGCUUCGUACCAUUUGCUAUUUGUGUCAUAUCCAGAUAUCCAUAUUUUAAUGCCCUUAAGGACUGUCUCUCGUGCUUACUGGUACAUCUGAGACCUCUCAAGGAUUUAGACAUUGAUGAUCGUAUAAAAGAAUUUGCAGCAAAAUUAUCUUUAAUACCCAGUCCUCCACCAGGAACACUCCACUUGAUAUUUAAUAUGAAACCACUACAGAUAGUCUUUCCAUCACGGGAGGAUCCAGACAGCCCAAUUAUUGACUUGAAUCUUCAUCUUCCAUUACUAUGUUUCAAACCAGAACAGGUGCUACAGAUUAUAACUUGCAUCUUAACGGAGCAGAGGAUUGUUUUCUUUUCUUCUGACUGGGCCCUGCUAACACUCAUAGCUGAAUGCUUCAUGUUGUACCUUCAUCCUAUUCAAUGGCAACACACUUUUGUACCUAUUCUAUCUCGUCAGAUGCUGGAUUUUGUAAUGGCCCCAACGUCUUUUCUUAUGGGAUGUCACAUUGAUCAUUUUGAAGAAGUUAGCCAGGAAGCUGAAGAUUUAAUUCUAAUCAACAUUGAUAAUGGAGACAUUACACAUUCAAAAUCAUCUGUAGAUGAGGCGGUAAUUCCAGAUGUCCCUUCAGAAGCAGCAGAAACAUUUAUAAAAAGAGUUGAGAGCCUUCAAUUGCAUUAUGAUCUAGAACUCUGUCACCUCAGCUCUAAUACAGACUUUAUUGAACUACAAAUGCGCAGGAGGGCUUGGCAGCAAAAACUGAAUGCUGAAGUUCAGCAGAUUACUUUGCAAUUAAUUGUCAACAUCUUCAGGGAGGUAAAGGACCAUCUAAAUUAUGAACACAGAGUGUUUAAUAGUGAAGAGUUUCUGAAAACAAGGGCACCAGGGGAUCAGCCAUUUUACAAAAAGGUGUUAGAGACCCAUAUAUUUCACUCGUUUCUUAAAGCUCGUCUGAACAGAAAGAUGGAUGCUUUUGCUCGUCUUGAGUUGAGCACUCAGUCUGACGAAGAUAGAUUAAAUUCAAUGCUUGAUAGCCCAAGAAGACUGACUGUGGAGAAAAUGGCUUCUAAAAGAUUUAACCCUCAGUAUAUGAUUAGUAAACGUAUGGUAAUAAGUAUGCCUAAUCUACAAGAUAUUAAGCCUCAUGAUAGUCCUGCUAGGACUUCAUCACUCCGAAGAUCAGAGACAGAGCAUGCUGUAAAAUUGUCAUCUAAAUCAAUUAGUACGUUCAGGAUCCCAGAAAUUCACUUUCCUCUGAUGAAUCAGUGUGUUCACACCUACUAUACAGAUUUUAUCAAUCAUCUCACCAGAGCUAUAAAUAUUUUACAACAUGAUAACUCAGCACUGCUGGCAAGAUAUUUCUACCUUCGUGGACUUAUUGGUUUGAUGCAAGGGAAACUACUGGAUGCGCUUUCAGACUUUCAGAAUCUAUAUAAAACAGACAUAAGAAUUUUCCCUACUGAUCUUGUGAGGAAGAUGGUGGAAACUAUGCCUCCUUCUGAACGUUCCCUAGCAGAGCGCAAACCCGAGUUGAAGAGGUUGAUCAGUCAAGUGAUGGAAAAACAAAGAGAAGUUACAAAAGUAGAUGACCAUGUAAAAAAUUUUAAAUUACCAAAAACACACAUGCAGUUGGACGAUUUUGUGAAGCGAAUCCAAGAAUCUGGGAUUGUCAAAGAUAUAGACACAAUACAUCGGCUAUUUGAUGCCUUAACAGUAGGACACCAGAAACAAAUUGACCCUGAAACAUUCAAAGAUUUCUACAACUACUGGAAGGAAACAGAAGCAGAGGCUCAAGAGGUUAAUUUGCCACACACUGUACUAGAGCAUUUAGAUACAAAUGAAUGUGUCUACAAGUUAUCCUGCUCAGUUAAAACUACUUAUGGAGUAGGAAAAAUAGCAAUGACCCAGAAGCGCUUGUUCCUUUUGACUGAAGGAAGGCCUGGCUAUGUUGAGAUCACAACUUUCAGGAAUAUAGAGGAUGUUAAAAGUACUACUGUAGCUUUCCUUCUUCUGAGAAUACCCACUCUGAGGAUUAAGUCCGUGUCCAAAAAGGAAGUCUUUGAAGCUAACCUUAAGACAGAGUGUGAUCUUUGGCACUUGAUGGUGAAAGAGAUGUGGGCUGGGAAGAAAAUGGCAGAUGAUCACAAGGAUCCUCAAUAUAUUCAACAAGCCCUGACCAAUGUCCUCCUGAUGGAUGCUGUAGUUGGUGCACUGCAUUCCUCCAAAACCAUUUAUGCUGCUUCCAAACUAUCUUACUUUGACAAGAUGAAAAAUGAAGUGCCCAUGAUGGUCCCAAAAACUACAUCAGAAACACUAAAGCACAAGAUUAAUCCCUCAGUUGGCGAGACUUUUCCACAAGCAGUAGACGUCUUGCUCUAUACACCAGGGCACCUCGAUGCAGGAGAUAGAAUUGAAGAUGCCCGUCCAAAGUUAUGGUGUGCUUUAGGUGAGGGGAAGGUGAUUGUGUUUGAUGCAUCUACCUGGACUAUUCAGCAACACUGUUUUAAAGUGGGCAGCUCUAAACUGACUUGUAUGGUAAUGGUAGAGCAGAGCCAAGUAUGGAUCGGUUCUCAAGAUGCCAUUAUUUACAUAAUCAACACCCAUAGUAUGUCUUGCAAUAAGCAACUAACUGACCACCGCUCUCAUGUUAUGGACAUCAUUGUAGAGAACAGGAACAGUGUAUCCAGCGAAGCAUAUUCAUGCAGUUUAGAUGGGACAGUGAUUGCUUGGAACAUUAGCACUUUGAAAGUAAACCGUAGACUUCAACUGCCCUGCAAAGAUCUUUUUUCUGUCAAACUCCAUGACAACCGUCUUUGGUGCUGUACAAGAAGUGGUAUACUCGUAGCGACAACUAAUGGGUCUGCUCGGCAAGAAAUGAAAAUUGAAGAGAAUCCGAAGGAUGUUUGUUCGUAUUUUCUCUGUUUCCAGCUGUUUCCUGAGGGGGACCAAGUAUGGACGUCAUGUUCAGGAAGUAGUGACCUGUAUAUUUGGAAUGCAACAGAUCUCUCCAGAACGCCUCAAAAGAUUCAUCUUCAAGACUGUUCUGAGAUUACUUGUAUGAUGAAAGUAAAAAAUCAGAUCUGGAUUGGCAGCAGAGGAAUAUCCCAGGGCAAAACCAGGGGAAAGAUCUACGUGAUAGAUGCUGAAAAGAAAACUGUGGAGAAGGAGUUGGUGGGCCAUGCUGAUACAGUGAAGGCAUUGUGCUCUGCAGAGGACAGAUAUGUUCUUAGUGGUUCUGGAAGGGAAGAAGGGAAGAUUGCUAUUUGGAAAGUUGAAUAG